AUGUCCGAUCCCUCGGAUGCGCCAGUGCCUAAGAUACAGUCCAUUCGUCGGUCUGCCACGCUACCCUCCAAGGCUAACCCCCGACUUCGACGUCCCUCGAUUUCUCUCAAGCCCUCGGAGAACGACCUUUAUUUUCAUCCUUCGGCAAAGGUCGUCCAUUUCGCCCCGAGAGCGCUUGCGCCGAUUCCCUCAAGUACCUUCCCAUCCGACUUUGAUUACCCGGUUGAUACUGUUGAGACCCUCCCAUGGAGGUCUCCCACGGAGCGGACUGUGGCAUUUGCUCCUCUUCGGCUGGAGAAUGUCCACGGGUUGACCGUCUUUCUCAAAUGCGGCAGUGUUGUCCAUGCGAUUCUCAAGAACUCUCAGUCUUGGUGCGUUGAUGGCGAGUCGACGUUUGUCUUGCGCAUUCGCCCUCUUACCUACUACCGGAUCGAGCUUCCAAACGAAUCCGACGAGGAUAAAGAAUUGAUCACAGCAAUGAAAGAGGUCUUACCGAAGAUCCUGCGAUACGAAGUGACCCCAUGUCCUUUCAAGCGGGAGUUUACCGUCGAGAUCCCGGAGGAGGCGAAGGCGCCGCGACGGAAGAAGAAAGCAUGGAGCCCUAAAUGGCGACGGGAAAGCGAACCGAUCUAUUUGGGCUACGCAAAAGAUCCUAGCGCAAUGCGGGAUGAGGGAGGAUUUGAUUUUUUGAGCGCCGGGGAAGAGACGGAUGGGAACACAACAGAUGGCAGCGGUUUCACUACUAGAGGUAGCAACAGUACUACCUUGGAAACCAUCCUGGAUGACAAUGAGCCCGUGGGAGCUCCUACACCUGGGCUCCCCAUUUCCGAACCUGGAGAAAUUCCCAAAUUUCCCAGACAUUCUGUGACUGAAACACAACAGAGCUUCCAGACCUUGCUGGCAAGGUUUGAGGACCGGCAGGAGUCACCGGUUGAACUCGAUGUGGCACUUUCCUCAAGUGUCGAUUCAUUCCAUUCCGCCGAACAUUCAUUCUCGACAUUACCUGAGUCAGGAUUGUAUUCGAACGCUCCUCAGCAUGUAUCAGUAAAUGAGAACGACCAAUGCGAUAGUAUCAAUUGCGACGAGGAAACCCUCUCAGAUAAAUCUAUAUUUCGAGAGGUCGAUUAUAAGGCAGAAGCGAAUUUACCCAACAUCAUCUGUCACGACUGUUCUUCACCCGCCCUAGAGAUGUCAACAGCCCCGAUGUCCGAGCAAGAGCCCAUCCCAUCACCAAACAUCUCACUGGAUGAUGAAGCGUAUAGGAACCGUGGAAGCACCACCUCCUCAGACCUCAGUUCCAAUCUAAGCAGCAUGAGCAUUGAAUUUCGGCGCCGGUCAAAAGCAUCCCGUGAACGAGAGGUUUCGCCGAUGCCCCCUCCCUCCAUAUUGGCUCUUUCCCGUCCCACAGAGAAAUACGAUGCAGCUUCCAUCAUUCAAAAGACUUGCAGUCUUGUCCUGGUGCCCCCGAUCCAACUGUUCAUCGUUUUGAUUCAUAUCGCAGCGCGCAUAGUAAUUGGUCCCACCGUGAACUCAGCGAUGGGUGAUUUGGAUCGAAAGUUUGAAUGCGAAAUUACGAACCCUCAAGAGGCUGUGGAUGACUUUGGCCUUCCUCUUACACGCGAAUGUUCCAGGAAACGAUCAGUUUCGGAGGAAAUUCGCAAACUCGACCCUUGGGAUCGGAGUGAAUGA